AUGUCGUUCAUCAGCCGAGCUACGGCCAUAGAUGCCGACGAGAAUGUCAAGCAGCUCUAUAACGACUGGGCCAAGACUUACGACCAGGACAUGGCCGACGAGUCGCAGGACUAUGUCGCUCCGGCACUGGCAGCGCAAGCCGUGCUGACAACUCUCAACACCAAGACAAUCGGCAGUAACAUAUCCAUACUGGAUGCUGGUUGCGGGACAGGCCUUGUCGGCGCGCACCUUGCAAAACUUGGUGCUGCAUUAAUCGAUGGUAUCGACCUCAGUCCAGGCAUGCUUCAAGUUGCUCGAGCGACGGGCGUGUACCGCUCGCUAGAGGUUACAGACCUGUCCAAGGCAAUCCCGAUAUCCGAUGAGACUUACGAUGUUGUGACGUGUGUGGGAACGUUGACGCAAGGCCAUGUCGGUCCUGAGGUGCUGACAGAAUUCGUCAGAAUCACCAAAAAGGGAGGUAUCAUCAUUGCCACCGUCCGAGAAACGGUAUGGAAGGAGCAGGGUUUUGACAACGAGGUCCAUCAGCUCGUGUCGGGUGGAGAGGCGCAGCUGUUAGGCGCUGAAUUGGAGGAUUAUAGACGAGGAGCUGCGGCAAAGGCCUAUAUAGUCCGACUAAAGAAAGCAUCAUAG